AGUUGAAUUGGACUGUUAGGAAACCCUUUAUAUAUACAGUGGAAACGAAACGAACCCAAACAGGUUGUGUAAUAGCCGGUUACAGCUUUAACCCAGGUUUCAUCUUUUCUACAUCACUUCAGGACCAGUUAUUAGAUAAAGCUCAACGAUGCUACUAUCUUCACUACGGACAACCUUGUUCUACGGCUGCAGAAAUGUUACCAAGGGAUUUCAACAUACCACUCGAAGUCCACAGCCUCGACAAUGGCUUGUGAAGAGAGGUCAGAGCACCAUCACUGUGGAGGCUGGGGCUUCCUCCGCCCGGGUAGCAGCUACUGUCCCCAACGUGGCCACAAAUCGCACUGUAGGUCAAUGGUUAAUCGGCUGCAGCGGGCUGGUGGUUGGAGCUAUUGUAUUGGGUGGUGUCACAAGGCUAACAGAAUCAGGACUUUCCAUGGUUGACUGGCAUCUGGUGAGAGAGAUGAAACCACCUCAGGGGCAAUUAGAGUGGGAGGCUGAGUUCUCAAAGUACCAACAGUUUCCCGAAUUCAAAAUAAUGAACCAUGACAUGACUCUGCCAGAGUUUAAGUUUAUCUUCUACAUGGAGUGGGGCCAUCGUAUGUGGGGGAGGCUGGUUGGACUUGCGUACAUCCUCCCCACCGUUUACUUCUGGAAGAAAGGAUACUUCACUCGCUCCAUGAAGGGAAGAGUGCUUGGACUUUGUGGAUUUGUCUUCUUCCAGGGACUUCUGGGGUGGUACAUGGUGAAAAGCGGUCUGGAGGAGAAGCCUGAGUCUCAUGACAUCCCGCGGGUCAGCCAGUAUCGUCUGAGUGCUCAUCUUGGUUCGGCCUUGUUGCUUUACUCCGCCAGUCUCUGGACAGGGCUCACUCUGCUGCUGCCUAUACACAAGGUGGCAGAAACCAAAAACCUCACUCAGCUUAGGAGGUUUGCAAAGGGUACCGGUGGACUCGUGUUCCUUACGGCUCUUUCAGGGGCUUUUGUUGCUGGUUUGGAUGCUGGGCUGGUGUAUAACUCCUUCCCUAAGAUGGGAGAACGAUGGAUCCCAGAUGAUGUUCUGGCAUUCUCUCCAACCCUCAAAAACUUUUUUGAAAAUCCCACAACUGUGCAGUUCGACCACAGAAUUUUGGCUAUCUCGUCUUUGACCGCGAUCACAGGCCUCUAUCUGUUCUCAAGGAGGAUGUUGCUGCCCAGGAGGGCUAAGAUCGCCAUCAACCUUCUCACAGCAAUGGCCUAUGGACAGGUCGCGCUCGGUAUCAGCACCCUGUUACUCUAUGUCCCCACUCCACUGGCAGCAAUUCACCAGUCUGGCUCUGUGGCUCUUCUCUCACUGGCUAUUUGGGUUCUGGCAGAGCUUCGCAAGAUGCCCAAGUAAACGGUUCCUCCAUGAGGGAAAAAUCUAAUCCCUAAUAGCCACACUUCACUAAGAGCCAGCAGUGUCCUUGUCAACUUGAGGCCUUCACAGACAAAAAUGAAACAUGGCAAGCAUUACAAAAGUCUAAUUCAACACUGGACUAUUAUGCAUAUCUCUCCUGUGGUGACCAAUGUUUCAUAACAGGGUUUUAAAAGCAGGGUGUUCUUGAAAUGUUGUUGAUCAAAUAUUACGAGAAUACAUCAAGGCCAUCGUUGAGAAAUCGAAUGAACCACGAAGAUGAAAACUUGAUGUGAUUAGUUUUGUGAGGAUCGAAACAAAGAGAUGCAAAAGCAAACAGAUUUUCAGUUUCUUGUCAGCUUUAAUGACAACAACAUUUCCAUGAAGGAUAUGUAUUUGUUUUGCAGGUUUUUUUGUUCAUGUUCACAGUUUUAACAGAAUGCUUUUUGACUGAAUAUGGUAACUAAGUAGUUGCUCACCUGUUGCCUUGUGUCUGGUCAUAAAUUGCCUAUUAGUUCAAUCAGAUGUGGCUGUUGGGAUUAUAUGUAUAAAUGUGUAUAUUUAAGUUAUGAACUGUUUCUUCCUGACAUUGUGAUGCUGAAUUAUGAGGUAUAACCUAUGUAGAUUUUGAUUUGUUGCUUUGUACCAUAUGUCAAAAAAAUAUAAAGAUAAAUGCACUGUCCUAUUUUAAUACAAUUCAAACUCAACUCUA